AUGGGAAGAAAUUUUUUUAAACAAUUUUAUGAAAAUUUCAGGUCAGUAGCUGAUGAGCUGAAAGUUGGCCGUCGAGUUGAUCCGAAAAACUACAAAUCGGCAACGGUGAUGUAUUCCGAUAUUGUUGGCUUUACAUCACUGUGCAGUGAAAGCUUACCAAUGGAAGUGGUCACAUUGCUCAGUGGUGUUUUCAAGAAAUUCGAUAUGAUCAUUUCACAGCAUCAGUGCUACAAGGUGGAAACAAUUGGGGACGCAUAUAUGGUAACAUCCGGUGUGCCGCUGACUAUUCGCCAUAAUCACGUCCGUGACAUCGCUUCUGUUGCGAUCAUGAUGAGAGAUUUCCUCGCUGAAUACGAAAUACCUCAUAGACCAGGUCAAAAGCUACACUGCCGUUGGGGUUUCAACACCGGCCCGGUUUUUGCUGGCGUUGUUGGCUUGAAUGCACCGAGAUACUGCGUCUUCGGCCACACUGUAAGUUUUUCUGAUAGGAGAGGGUCUUACCUGCACACCUUACAAGCACCGGAUAAAAUUCAGAUAACUUUGAAAAGCUAUCAGUUGCUGACAGCUCGCUAUCCCGAAUUCAAAUGCUCACCACGUGGCGGCGUCCGAAUUGAUGGAAUUGGAACACUGUUGACGUAUUGGUUGGAUGGUUGCGAAGAUUUGCUGAAAUCCGGUCGCUCAAUUACCGGUCCCGAUAAUGACACAAAAACAAGCUGA